UGUCAAUCAGAACAAAGUGAACUUUCGUUGGGAAAUGGUCGACUGAGUAUAGGCAAUUUUCAGUAAAGAUUUCUUGUUUUUUUUCGGAAAGUAGUGUUGCCCACCAAUCCAUUUGAUUGUUCAUGUAUCACCAGCUGAUUCUCCAUUUAAUUCGAGAGCGCGUUAUGCUCAAGCAUCCGUCUUUCCGACCCAAUUCAACUCGCCGUCGCGGCUGCAGCCGCGCCCUAUCGCCGUAGAUAAUAUCCAUUUCCCUCGAUAUUUUUAUUUUGUUCUUGUGUUUUAAUUAUAAAUCGAAUUUUGACGGCUGAUAAUUUUGACGGCACCGCCCAGUCGUUUGACAACUUGAAUUAUUUUAUUGACGAGCCUUUGACUCGAUUUCCUAAUUCGACGCCAUGGAAGCUGCCGUUCUCAAUAACGACACUGCUUUGCUGAUGUUGCUGGAAGCCAAAUUGGCCAUCACUCAGAGCAAUCUCAACGACUUUUUCAUCACCGUCUCGGCCAUCUUGGUUUUCGCCAUGCAAGCCGGGUUUUCGCUGAUGGAAACCGGAUUGGUUCGUUCCAAGAAUGCCACCAACAUCUUGAUGAAGAGUACUUUAGAUGCAUUUAUCGGUGCCACCGUUUAUUGGCUGGUUGGCUAUGCAUUCGCGUUUGGUGAUGGUAACGAGUUCAUUGGCUGGACAGGCUUUGCUUUGCAGGGAGUUUCACCGAGCAAGCUUUCGUUUUGGUUUUAUCAAACUAUUUUCGCCAACACUGCUUCCACUAUCGUGAGUGGUGCAACAGCUGAAAGAAUCAACUUGCCUGCAUUCUUCAUUUACGCCUUUCUACUGACCGGAUUCUUUUAUCCGGUUGCCAGUCGCUGGGUCUGGCAUCCAUCCGGAUGGCUCAAAAUCCGAGGUUUUAUCGAUUUCGGCGGCAGCGGUUGCGUUCACAUGCUCGGUGGCGUUUGCGCUUUGGUGGCAUGCGUUAUGGUGGGUCCGCGAACUGGACGUUACGAGAAUAAAACGAUGAAAAAAUUCGCUUUUCGUGGCCAUUCAAACACUUUGACGGGCGUCGGAGCUUUCCUCCUCAUGAUGGGCAUCCUGGGCUACAACAUGUCGGCGCAGCUGGACUUGACGCAUCAUGGGGACGGAGUGACGGUGGCUCUAUCGGCCGUCAACACCAUCCUGGCCGGUAGUGCUGGAUCGAUUGUGGCCACCAUUUUGGGCCGGGCUACUCCGACCGGCAGCUACCGUUGGAGUUACAACACGAUGUUGAAUGGUGCCAUCGCCGGAAUGGUUUCAUCCUGCGCUGCCUGCAACGCUAUGCCUUACUGGGGCGCUUAUCUGACUGGAGCCGGCGCAGGAUUUCUCUUCUUUGUUCUCCGAGCUUUAAUCAAUCAUCUGCAUGUUGAUGACCCACUUGACGCCUUUGCGGUUCACUUUGGCGGUGGCUUUUUCGGCAUGUUAUCUGCUCCAAUCCUUGUCAACAGCGGAGUCAUUUUGACUGGAGAUGAAAGCUCUGCCGAGGUUUUGGGCUGGCAAUUAAUUGGCAUUCUGGUGCUGGUCGCUUGGGGUGUUGGAUUUUGCUUGGUGCUGUUCGGAUCGCUCAAGUAUUUCAAGAUCCUUCGCGUCGACUCUACCGUCGAGGUCCAGGGCAUGGAUUCGAUGAAGCACGGCGAGCCAGCCUAUCCGGCGGAAUCGUGGGAGGAGCAGCAGUACUGGGAUCACCAGGUGCACCGCUUGAUUCACUUGAUGAGGUCCACUUCGAUUGAAAGCCUCUGCGGCGAUCAGAAGAAGAAUUCCAUCGCCACUGUCGAUUUGGGCGUGAACAACAACUUCCGUUUGACGGGCAUGCCGCCUCAAAUGAAUUUCGCUCACCUGGUGCUGACGGAUCACUUUCAAAAGUGCGUUUUCCCGCUGGAUAGUCAGCGCACCUGUGAGAGAUUUCGAGCUCAGACUGUCAUUGGUGUUAAGGUUCUUAAUGCUGAGCCGGCCCCUUAAGCGACUCACCUUAAGGUUUGUGUCUUCCGUGGUGUUUUUCCUUCCUUUUGAUCCGCCAGCUUCCGAUCGCUGGGAUUCGUUCAGAGCCUCAAUUUCUGAAUCGUCUGAGUUUUUGGAGUCGCUUGUGAUUCGACGACGUGAUUUCGAUUUAGAUUUUCCAUCCGAUGAGCUUGAACGCUUCUGCUUCUUCUUCUUCUUUUCUUUUUCGGUUUCUGAAGAUGUCCUAUCUGAGUUUGAUGAAGUGCUCAGCCAAUUCUUAUUCGUUUCUUAUUUGACUUCCUUGCCUUUCUGUGAUUUCUUCGAGUCACAUUCGGCACCUGAAUCGGAGGAUGAUAACCAUUUGAGAGAUUUCGAGCUCAGACUUGUCACUGGUGUUCUCAAUGCUGAGCCGGCAGUGGGGGAUGGUGUAUUACGAUCGAGUUGAACUGUGAUUGCGGAAAACUCAAAAUCGGAAUCUAUUGUCGGGGGAUGGUGUAUUACGAUCGAGUUGAACUGUGAUUGCGGAAAACUCAAAAUCGGAAUCAUUGUCAGAUUUGGUGUUAGCGCAACGCCCAAUCUCGGGUGAAUGCGAAUUUAACUCAUUCUUAUUCUUUUCUUUAUUGGCUUCCUUGCCUUUCUGUGAUUUCUUCGAGUCAGAUUCGGCAUCUGAAUGGGAGGAUGGAAGAACAUUCCAAGAAGGUAAAAGAAAAAAAGAUUUCAGGUGCACAAAUAUUUUUGAAAUGUUGUAUUCGAAUUGACUUGUAUGAAAGUGAAUGUUUUAUAACUCUUGGAAUAUUUUUGGACUCGAAACUUUUGAAAGCGAUUAUUUUACGAACAAAUUCCUAAUGUAAAUAGAAAUGGAAGUUAUUUUAUAUUUUUAAAAUACACAUAAAAUGAGCGACGGCAACCUUGUGUUGCGACUGUCAGUAUUUUUGAACGAAACGAAAAA